UACAAAAAUCCAGUGACGACUCGCCGCCAUCAAUUCAGUCUUCGCCGAGAUUUUAUCGUGUGCGAGUGGUUUUUUAUAGCGUUUGCGCAGUUGCACAUUCGGCCGGUCCAUAGUAUUUUGGCAUAUUCCUGCAAUUUGGUCCGUCAGUAGUGCUUCGUGUGGUGUCACAUGUAGAAGUGACACACAUACACAUACAUAUAAGUACAUACAUUGUAUGUGCAUGCAUAGAAGUUGCAUUCGAAAAACACAAAAAACAAACACAUUGGCGUUCUUUUAUACAAUAACCCAUAGCCGGUGUAGCCGAUCCCGUUUAUUUUGUUACCAUUUGACCGCUUGGUUAGCCUUUUUUGUGUGUUUUUGUGUUGUUUGCAAAAUAAUCGACUGCCAUAAUUCAAAUUCGGACACAAUGCUUGUGGCUUAGAUGCUUGCAACUCAUUGAGAAUAUGUGAACAAUGAGCAUUCCUGCUGGUUGGUGGUGUUCCCAGUUGCUGCAGGCGAAUUCGUUCAAAUAUUCUGUGAAGUGACAAUUCUUCGCGCGGUAUACGAAGAUGAUUCAAAUCGUAUGCGUUUGAAAACAAAACAGGAAAAAAAAAUAAAUUAUUAUGUUUAAUUAUCACUCGUAAUUUGAUAAAUACAAAAAUAGAAAAUUGCAUUCAAUUUCAAGUGCAUUCCUAUACUUACGUAUUUGGCUGCGUGCGUGUGUGCGUGAACUUGUGCGGGCACAAAUAACAAUUCAAUUCAUUCGAGCACAAUAGACAAAUUUGCUGUCUGAUAACUUCUUCGUGUGUGCUAAGACUAGUGCAGAACACAAUUCAUGUGCUUUUGUAUGUUAUUUGUAAAAGAGUUCGUUCACCUUAGAUGAUGGAAAUGUUGCAAGUUAACCUAUUGAUUGCAAGCUUGUGCUGCCUGGCGUUUUUCAAUAAUUUUGCACAAUGCUCCACUGGAGGAGAAGAUGGCAAGAAAGGUGUAAUUAGAAAUAUAUCUCGGCCAUCGACGUAUGACAUAGAAAAUUGGAUGAUAAGGGACAGAAGCGCAAUGCAACGAGAUGAUCAUAAGAAGGUGCAGAAGAAAGGACUAUCACGCAGUUAUGAGCAUCAGCCAAUAGAACGCCAUUUCCAGACCGAUGCAAUAACAUCCGAAAAUGUGGACACAUACAAAGCGCUGCCUAAAAACUCACACACAUUAAAUAAGAAGUUGCUCAAAAAACUUGGAUUCAUUAAAGUGAAGGCACCCAACAGUCAUCACAGAAAACGUCUCGCUGUUGAAUCAAGACGUCACACAUCCCCCGAUGAUUCUCAUAUGUUCAUUAUAAAACUACCACCGAACUUCGUCUAUUACACCAAUCCAAGAGCUGAAGCUAAUAGCAUUACCGAUAUGAAAACGCACCUUCAAAAAACAAAUGUUUCAACUUUCCCAUUUAGCUCCAAUGGCAAGCCGGGACGUAUCUACCAUUGGAACCUGCCAAUAUUGCAGAAAUUUCUCGGAAACAAACAGCCACUGCCACAUUUUGAUGCUAACGGAAGAAAAUAUGUUAUAAAUUUCCAAAAAAUUCCAAAUUUUCAAAAAUCAUGGGAAAAUGACAGCAUUGAAAAAUCCUAUAAGUCCAACUAUAAAAAGUCGCUCAAACAUAAAUCACCUUCGUACUAUGCGCCCACUGCCGCAGUCAAUAAAAAUAGUUUUAAUCGAUAUUUUUCAGGAAAUGGCAAGCCGAAGGGCUUCUAUGUCAUAAAGGAAAAUCAGAAAAAAGACUUCUAUUAUAAGAAUAUUGUGCCAUAAAAACGGUCAAAAUGACAUAAAUGAAGUAACUAGUUUUAUUUUUCCCUUUAAUUUUUAACGAAUAAUUGUUCUCUGAGUAUUUGCAGAGAAGAACAAAACACUUCAAAGAAGUCCUGGUCAACUUCAUAAUAACUAAAAUAAGAAUAUCCACUUAAAGUUAGGAUCAACGUAAUAUAAGUACAUAGUACACAUACAUACGUAUCAAUACAGACUGGCAUGACAUUACAUAUUAAGCGAGUUUGAAGCUGUGUUUUCAACCGAGAAAUAAAAAUAUAUAUUUUUGUAUAAUUAAAAUAAUUAUUGGACACAGUGGAUCAAUAAAUACACGCAUAGGGAAGUAGAAGUAAAAUUAAAAACUAUUUUGCAAAAAAUGUGCAAAAAUCUGAUUUAGUGUUGCCACACAAAUUUUCUAUUGCUUAACUUUCUUGAACUAUUAAAUGAGAUAUGCAAUGGAAAUAUUGCGUUUCUUGAAGUGUGGGUUUAACCAACGAACUAUAGGUCUUCCAAAUACUCAGUUAUUAUAUAAGUUUUAAAUCAAACUGCUUUAAAAUAUUAUUUAAUCUAAUAGGAUACAGAUUUUCGUUGCUUCAUGCGCAAGUUUUUGGUUUUUUAUAACCCAAAAGGAAUAAAAGAUAUUUCCACAAUAAAAUGAAAUCGGUUUUUUAACAUAAGAAAUUUGAAAUUAAAAGGGACGAUGUUAAGGGGAACACCACUGCGAAGGCGUGAAAAUUAAGUAAUUUUCAUGAAUUUUUUUUAUAAGUAGGGGUGAUUA